UGGGUCUAUAAGCCGGGCUGUCGUUUGGUUGUUCUUUGGUAGUGUAGGGUUGUUUCUCUUAAAAAGACUUAGAUUUAGUUCAUGCAAAAAUGAAGGUUCUGGUAGUCUUCGAAUUCUCAAUAAUGUAAUCCACACUACGAAUCAGCAUCAGCACUAAUAACACAGCGAAAAGCCUGUCUGCGAAAGAAAGUGUCACACCCCUUCUCUUCAUCUCACGCUCCUUGGGAGUUUCGCAUAUUUGACUUUAAUUUAACUCUGUCACCAUUGAAGCAGAAGAACAGAAGUUUCUUAUGGAUCAGAAUUUGCACUCAUUUUCCUGAGUGGAAAGUGGUGAAAAUGAAUCUUUUCAUUCAUUUCUUCUCAGUGAUAUGUUUGCUUGAACAUGGUGCGUUUAGUGCUGAUACAGUGUCCGUGAUGGAGGGAGAUUCAGUCACUCUGAACACUGGUGUUCAAACAAACCAACAAGAAAAGAUUAAAUGGUUUUUUAAUGGCAUUCGCAUUACUGAAAUCACUGGAUAUCAAAGUAAAGCCUGUACAGAUGUUCAGUGUGAUGAAGGUAAUGAGAGAUUCAGAGACAGACUGAAGCUGGAUCAUCAGACUGGAUCUCUGACCAUCACAAACAUCACAAACACAGACUCUGGAGAAUAUCAACUACUGAUCACCAGAGAGACCAGCAACAGUGGAACGUUCUUCAAUGUUACUGUCCGUGGUGUUUCUGCUGCUCGACGAGAGGAAUUGAAGUCAGUGAAGGAGGAAGAAUCUGUUACUUUAGAUCCUGGUGUAGCUAAAAACCUGAAUGAUUCAAUGAGAUGGUAUUUUAAUGAGACUCUCAUCGCUGAAAUCACUGGAGAUCAGAGUAAGAUCUGUACAGAUGUUCAGUGUGAAGAGAGAUUCAGAGACAGACUGAAGCUGGAUCAUCAGACUGGAUCUCUGACCAUCACAAACACCAGAAACACAGACUCUGGAGAAUAUAAACUAGAGAUCAUCAUCAACAGCAGCAGCUUCAACAUCACUACAGUGAAGAGAUUCAUUGUCACUGUCACUGAUUCAAGUCAUUCUUCUGCUGUUUCAGGUUCAGGUCUGUCUUCAGGUGCUGUAGCAGGAAUAGUUGUUGCUGCUGUUGUUCUGCUGGUGCUUGCAGUUGCUGCUGUGAUUUACUACUGUCGCUCCAGGAGCCAUACAGAAGUACGACAGACUGAGGAUGAUGAUGCUGCUGACAGUGGCAAUUGUAUUCCGUUGACGGUGCAGGGAGAGGGGGAAGAGGAGGGGGAAGAGGAGGGGAAGAGGAGGGGGAAGAGGGGGAAGAGGGGGGAGAAAGGCAGCAGAUCAGGACUAGAACGACUAUCAGAAGAAAUACAGCAGCACCAGCAGCAGCAGCAGAGAUCAGCACUAUCUGAGAGACUGGAGAAACUGAAGGAGAGGAAAAGAGAGACCGUCAUUAAUGUAAGUGACUGUCAGUCUGAUCUACAACAGAAGACAGAGAUCAGAUCAGUAAAUAAUCCAUAUAUCAUCUCUGCCGUACCUGCACAUGUGUGA